AUGUCGGCUGUCAAGAACAACGCCCCUUCGGACGACAGCUACGUCGAGGUCUCGACGGCUAGCAGCCAGACCAGCAGCAACGGCAAUGCCAACGGCACGCUCCUCCGUGCUCUGACCAUCGCAUCCACUUCGGGUGUGGAGGUGCAGAUCCCUUUGCCCUCCCAGCCUUUCGACGCCUGGAUCGUCGCCGAUGUCCUCCGCGAGGAGUUCCAGCGCUCGCUGGCUGCUGCUCCCGAGGUCACCGACGUGCUCGAGGUGCAGGAGGAGCAGGAGGACGCCAGUGCUGCCGACAAGGCUGCGGGCGAGGCCAAGGUCAGCCUCGCCGCCAAGUUCCUCGGCUUCCUGGCCUCGCGCGCCACGGUCAAGUCGUCGAGCCACGAGCUCAACCUGCUCCACUCCACCUGGAUCCACUUCCACGACCACUUUGUCGCCCAGCGCGGCAGCGUCCACGACCUCGUCGCCGCUCUCGACACGGACCUGCGCACCUCCGUCCUGCGCAGCUACUUUGAGGCCUUCGCCCAGCUCGAGUCGGCUGGCAAGGCCAAGCCCGCGCUCAUCACGCCCAAGCUCUUCUCGCUCUCGGCCCAGAACAAGGCCGAGGUGCACGCCGUCUUCGGUGGCCAGGGCAACAACGAGGCCUACUUCAAGGAGCUGCAGACGCUCUUCGAUGCCUACCGACCUCUGGUGCAGCCGCUGCUCGAGUCGACGCAGCCCGUGUUUGAACAGCUCGUCCAGGAUGCCGUCAAGCAGGGCUUCGGCAGCUACUACACGCACGGCAUCAACGUGCUUGGCUGGCUCACGGGCGCCGUGCCCGAGCCGGCCGUCGCCUACUUGGCCAGCGUGCCGCUCAGCUUGCCGCUCAUCGGCCUGACGCAGAUCACCCAGUUCCUCGUCAGCAUCCGUGCCUCGGGCCUCACCCCCACCGAGUUCCGUGCGCAGAUCAAGAGCGCCACCGGCCACUCGCAGGGCAUCAUCUCGGCCGUCGUGCUCUCGGCCUCGGACAGCCUCGAGUCCUUCUACGCCAACGUCGCCAAGGCGCUCGAGCUCCUCUUCCACAUCGGCAAGCGCGGUCAGGAGUUCUUCCCCACGCUUGCCAUCGACCCGGCGCUCGUCAAGGACACCGUCGAUGGCGGCGAGGGCGAGCCCGCGCCCAUGCUUUCCGUCUCUGGCCUCGAGCAGAACAUCCUCGAGAAGCACAUCCAGAAGACCAACUCGCACCUGCCCGAGUCGCAGGCCGUCUCCAUCUCGCUCUUCAACGGCCCCCGCAGCUUCAUCGUCACCGGCUACCCCAAGGCCCUCGUCGGUCUCGUCGGCAGCCUGCGCGCCAUCCGCGCCGACACCGGCGCCGACCAGGGCAAGGUCCCCUUCAGCAAGCGCAAGGCCGUCUUCCGCAUGAACUUCCUGCCCGUGGGCGUCCCCUACCAUUCGAGCUACCUCACCGGCGCUACCGACAAGAUGCUCCAGGAGGACUAUGCCGGCCGCACCACCGUCUGGGAUGCCUCGGAGCUCAAGGUGGCCGUCAAGAACACCGAGGACGGCUCCGAUCUCGCCAGCUACCGCUCCGAGGACAUCCUCAAGAGCAUCGCCGACCAGAUCUUUGUCAAGCACAUCUACUGGGCCAAGGCCUCGGACCUCCCCAAGACCGCCACCCACCUCAUCGACUUUGGCACCGGCGGUCUCUCGGGCAUCGGUGGCCUUUCCGGCCGCAUCCUCGAGGGUCGUGGCGUUCGCAUCGUCAUCCCCAGCGGCACCCACGCCCGCAGCACCGAGCUCUACUCGGCCACCAAGGUCGAGUUUGAGGAGCGCUGGGAGGACGUCUGGUCGCCGCGCCUCGUCAGGACCAAGAACGGCAUCAAGAUCGACACGCCCUUCUCGCGCACCACCGGUCGAGGCGUUCUGAUGGUCGGUGGUAUGACUCCUACCACCGUCAGCGCCAACAUCAACGCCGCUGUCCUCAACGCCGGCUAUGUCAUCGAGCUGGCCGGUGGUGGACUCCACAGCGAGGCUGGUCUGCGCAAGCGUGUCAACGAGAUUCUCGCCCAGCUCGAGCCCGGUAACGGCCUCGAGCUCAACGGUCUCUUCAUCGACCAGCGUCGAUUCGGCUGGCAGUACCCGCUCUGGGGCCAGAUGCGUCGCGAGGGCUUCCCGUGCAAGGGCUUCACCGUCGCUGCCGGCAUCCCCUCCACCGAGAAGGCCAAGGAGAUCAUCGACGGUCUCAAGGCCGCCGGCAUCGAGUACGUCGGCUUCAAGCCCGGCACUGCCGACGGCCUCCGCGCCGUGGCUGCCAUCGCCGCCGCCAACCCGGACUUCAAGAUCAUCUGCCAGUGGACCGGUGGUCGUGCCGGUGGCCACCACUCGACCGAGGACUUCCACCAGCCCAUCCUGCAGACGUACGCCAGCCUGCGCAAGCAGAAGAACCUCAUCCUCGUCGGUGGUUCCGGUUUCGGUGACGCCGAGGGUGUCUGGCCCUACCUCACCGGCGAGUGGUCGGUCAAGCUCGGCUACGCUCCUAUGCCCUUCUCGGCCUUCCUCUUCGCCUCGUGGAUGCUGGUUGCCAAGGAGGCCGCCACCGCCGAUGCUGUCAAGCAGCUCCUCGUCGACACGCCUGGCUGUGGCGACGACAAGUGGCAGGACACCUACGGCAAGGGCGCCGGCGGCACCAUCACCUGCAACUCUGAGCUCGGCGAGAGCAUCAGCUACGUCCACAACCGCGCUGCUGCGCUCUGGCGCCAGCUCGACGACCAGCUCUUCUCGCUGCCGCGUGAGAAGCAGCGCGUCUGGCUCUCGGAGAAGAAGAGCUGGCUCAUCGAGCGUCUUAACAAGGACUUCCAGAAGCCUUGGUUCCCGGCCAAGCUCGACGGCUCCGCCCUCAUGAACGUCGCCGACAUGACCUACGAGGAGGUGACGCGCCGCAUGCUCCAGCUCCUCUUUGUCUUUCACCAGAGCCGAUGGAUCGACCCUUCGCUCAAGAAGCUGUUCGGCGACUGGUGCCGACGUGUCGAGGAGCGCUUCGCCGGCAUCGAGACCGCUGGCAAGAAGGAGUCGCUUCUCCAGAGCUACUCGGUGCUCGACAAGCAGCCCGCCAGCUUCGUCGACACCUUCUUCGCCGAGUACACUGGCGCCAAGGAGAUCCGCCUGGCUGCCGAGGAUGUCGGCUACUUCCUCACCAUCUGCCAGCGCCGCGGCCAGAAGCCCGUGCCCUUCAUCCCCGAGCUCGGCGACAACUUCCAGACGCUCUUCAAGAAGGACUCGCUCUGGCAGUCAGAGGACCUCGACGCUGUCGUUGGCCAGGAUGCUCAGAAGGUCAUCAUCCUCCAGGGCUCCGUGGCCGUGCGCCACUGCACCAAGGCCAACGUCCCCGCCGGCGAGAUGCUGGGCGAGAUCGAGCGCGAGCUCGUCGCCAGGGUGCUCGCCCGCUACUACGACAACGACGAGAGCAAGGUGCCCUACGCCGACUACGUCUCGAGCGACCCGCUUGCCAUCGAGGAGGCCGAGUUCGCCGCUCGCUCGGGCGUCGACAUCUCGGUCGCCGACAACGUCAAGACCUUCAAGGUCGGCAGCAGCGUUCCUGACACCAAGGAGUGGCUUGAGAUCCUUGCCACCUCGCGCACCAGCUGGCUGCGUGCCCUCCUGCGCAACGUCAGCGUUGUUCAGGGCAAGAACUACGCCGACAAUCCGAUGCUGCGCAUGCUGGCUCCUCGCAAGCACCAGACGGCCAAGAUCGCCUACGCCGCCAACGGCGAGCCGAUCAGCCUUACUCUGUUCGGCGCCGCCCGCUCGUACGGUCGCCACGACGACAGCUUCAAGGCCAUCGAGAUCACCAAGUCGCCCGAAUCGGCUCAGAUCCAGGUGACGCUCUUCGAGGAGCGUCUCGGCGAGGCCGUCCCUCUGCACUUCUUCUUCACCUACCGCCCCGACCAGCCUUUCGCCUCGAUCCACGAGGUCAUGGACGGCCGCAACGACCGCAUCAAGCAGUUCUACUGGCAGCUCUGGUUCCACGCCGACAUGCCCGCCGCUGCCCAGCUUGCGUCGGCCAAGGAGUUCAAGAGCCCCGUCAAGUCGCUCGACGAGUCGGCCAUCCGCAGCUUCUGCCGCAUCGUCGAGAACCGCGGCGAGGUCUUCACCAAGGGUCAGGCUCCCAUGGACUUUGCCAUCGUUGCCGGUUGGGAGGCGAUCAUGCAGGCUCUCAUGGCCAGCUGCGACGCCGACCUACUUAGCCUCGUCCACCUCAGCAACUCGUUCAAGGUGAUCGACGAUGCGCGCCCUCUCCGCGCUGGCGACGUCUGCACCGCCACCGCGCACGCCAGCAGCAUCCGCAUCUCGGACACUGGCAAGUCGGUCAGCGUCACCGGCACCGUCCUGCGCCAGGACGCCAACGGCACGCCCGUGCCCGUCAUCUCGGUCGUCUCGAGCUUCUUCUUCCGCGGCCGCUUCACCGACUUCAACACGUGCUUCGAGACGUCGCAGAACGAGUUUGUCCUCGACAUCAAGACCAAGGCCGACGCCACCGUGCUGCUGUCCAAGGAGUGGUUCGACUGGGUUGCCCCUCAGCCUCUGAUCCCGGGCACCAGCCUCCACUUCAAGAUCGAGAACCUGCUGAGAUACAAGGACAGCUCGUCGUACUCGGAUGUCGACGUCACCGGCGGUGCCUACGUUCGCGACUUCAAGGACGACCUCAUCAAGGUCGGCGAGAUCGAGUACACUGCCGACGCGACCAGCUACGGCAACCCGGUCAUCGAGUACAUCAAGCGCCACGGCGGUGUCUCGACCGGCGGUGUCGCUCCUCUCGAGUCCGGCUACACGCUCGGCUCCUCGGACGUGCCUUCCACGUUCGUCGCACCCGCCACCAACGAGCCCUACUCGAACGUCUCGGGUGACUUCAACCCCAUCCACAUCAACCCGUACUUCUCUUCGUUCGCCUCGCUCCCCGGCACCAUCACUCACGGUCUCUUCUCGAGCGCUGCCUCGCGCAAGUUUGUCGAGGUCGUCGCCGCCGAGGGCUACCCCGACCGAUGCCUCUCGUUCGAAGCCAACUUUGUCGGCAUGGUUCUGCCUGGCGACGAGCUCAGCGUCAAGCUGCGCCACAUUGCCAUGCGCGACGGCAACAAGGUCGUCAAGGUCGAGACCUUCAACCAGAACGGCGACAAGGUCAUCGACGGCCAGGCUGAGAUCAAGCAGCCCGCCACCGUCUACGUCUUCACCGGCCAGGGUUCGCAGGAGCAAGGCAUGGGCAUGGACCUGUACAACUCGAGCCCCACCGCCAAGGCGCUCUGGGACGAGGCCGAUGGUCACCUCCGCAGCACCAUGGGCUUCAGCAUCCUCGAGAUCAUCAACCAAAACCCGCUCACCAAGACCAUCCACUUUGGUGGUGUGCGCGGUCACACGAUCCGCGAGCGCUACAUGUCGAUGACGUACGAGUCGACCGACGCCGACGGCAACACGGUCACUCUGCCGCUCUUCCCCGAGAUCACCUCGUCGAGCCAGAGCUACACCUUCCAGUCGCCCAAGGGUCUGCUCUUCGCCACCCAGUUCGCUCAGAUCGCGCUUGUGCUCGUCGAGCUCAGUGCCUUCCGCGACAUGACGCAGCGCGGCCUCAUCACUCCCGAUGCCGCCUUCGCCGGUCACUCGCUCGGAGAGUACGCCUCGCUUGCGGCCGUCGCCAGCGUUCUGGAGGUCAAGUCGCUCUGUGAUGUCGUCUUCUACCGUGGUCUCUCGAUGCAGAACUGCGUGCAGCGCGACCCCGUCACUGGCGCCUCCAACUACGCCAUGAUGGCCUGCAACCCUCUCCGCAUCGUCGGCGAUGGCAACCCUGCCUUUGCCGGUCAGGCGCUCGCCGAGAUCGUCGACUCGAUCAGCCAGGAGUCCGGCCGUCUGCUGCAGAUCGUCAACCACAACGUUGCUGGCCAGCAGUACGUCGCUGCCGGUGACCUCGUUGCGCUGACGACGCUCGGCAACGUGCUCAACUUCAUCAAGGUGCAGAAGAUCGACCUCAAGAAGCUCAACGAGAUCAUGCCCAUCGAGGAGGUGCGCGAGAAGCUCGCCGAGAUCGUCCGCGAGGUGCUGUCUGCUGCCCUCGAGGAGGAGAAGAAGGGCCGCAUCGAGCUCAAGCGCGGUUUUGCCACCAUCCCGCUGCCUGGUAUCGACGUGCCCUUCCACUCGCGCUACCUCACCGGCGGUGUGGCGCCCUUCCGCUCGUACCUGUCGAAGCGCAUCAACGUCGAUGCCAUCCGACCCCAGCUGCUCGUUGGCCGCUACAUCCCCAACUUGGUCGCGGCUCCCUUCGAGCUGUCCAAGUCGUACGCCGAGCUCAUCUUUGCCCAGACCGACUCGCCACGUCUCGACAAGGUGCUCAAGAACUGGGAGAAGGACGAGUGGGAGUCGCCCGAGCGCGUCCAGAGGCUCACCGCCACGCUCGUGGUCGAGCUGCUCGCCUACCAGUUCGCCUCGCCCGUCCGCUGGAUCGAGACGCAGGACAUCAUGUUCACCGACUACAACUUUGAGCGGCUCGUCGAGUUUGGCCCCAGCCCUACCCUCGUGGGCAUGGCCAAGCGCACCCAGGCGCUCAAGUACUCGGCCGUCGACCUUGCUCAGGGCCGCAAGCGUGUCAUGCUCUGCUCUAGCAAGGACAAGGAGGCGCUCUACUACUCGUUUGCCGACGACGAGAGCGAGGCCGAGGCUGCCGCCGCCACCGAGGCUCCGGCUGCCGCUGCUGCUCCGGCUGCUGCACCUGCACCGGCUGCUGCUGCCGCGCCGGCUCCUGCCGCUGCUGGUGGUGCCGCUGCCGCCGACGUGCCCGACGAGCCGCUCAAGGCUGUCGACACCGUCCGCGCCAUCCUGGCCCAGAAGCUCAAGAAGAGCAUCUCCGAGGUGCCGCUCUCCAAGUCCAUCAAGGACUCGGUCGGCGGAAAGUCGGUGCUCAGCAACGAGCUUGUGUCGGAUCUGCUCGCCGAGUUCGGCAACCUGCCCGAGCGUGGCGAGGAGCUGCCGCUCGAGGAGCUUGGCGGUGCUCUCCAGGCCGGCUACAGCGGCUCUCUCGGCAAGACCACCUCGAGCUUGAUCACGCGUACGGUCGGCGGUAAGCUGCCCGGUGGCUUCAACCUCUCGGCCGUCAAGUCGCACCUGCAGAAGGCAUGGGGUCUCGGAUCCGGCCGCAUCGACGGUGUUCUGCUCGUCGCCAUCACCAUGGAGCCCGCCAAGCGUCUCGGCUCCGAGGCGGAGGCCAAGGCUUGGCUCGACUCGGUCGCUCAGACCUACGCCGGCCUCGCUGGCAUCAGCCUGAGCCAGGCUGGCGCCGGUGGCGGAGGCGGAGGAUCGGGUGGUGUGGCGAUCAGCAGCGAGGAGCUCGACAAGCUCAAGGCGCAGCAGGACGACCACGUCCGCCGCCAGAUCCAGGUGCUCGAGCGCUACCUCAACAUGGACGGCCGCGCCGGUGGCCGUCUGGCCGAGAGCACCAAGGCCGAGCUCGAGGCUGCUCAGGCUCAGCUCGACGCCAUCGCUGCCGAGCACGGCGACAUGUACACCAACGGCAUCAUGCCCAAGUUCACCGAGAAGAAGGUCCGUCACUUCAGCUCGUACUGGAACUGGGCUCGCCAGGACGCCAUGACGCUGCUGUACGACAUUAUCUACGGUCGCCUCACCACGGUCGACCGCGAGAUCACUGCUCGUUGCAUCACGCUCAUGAAUCGUGCCGACCCCAGCCUGCUCCGCUACAUGCAGUUCCACAUCGACCAGAUCGAUGCCGAGAAGGGCCCCACCUACGCCCUCGCCAAGGAGUACGGCCAGCAGCUCAUCGAGAACUGCCGUGAGGCCUGCGCCGAGGACGCCGUGUACAAGGAGGUGCACGCUCCCACCGCUCCUCACACCGAGAUCGACUCGCGCGGCAACAUCGCCUACAGCGAAGUCAAGCGCGUCGGUGUCCGCAAGCUUGAGGCCUACGUCAAGGAGAUGGCCGCCGGUAGCCGUCUGCUCGGCGCUGGCAGCCAGGUCAACCUGGACAAGGCGCAGGAGAACGUCGCCAAGCUCUGGACGCUCAUCCGCAACGAGCCUUCGGUCAGCAAGCUCAGCAAGGCCACCAUCAAGAGUCUGUACAGCGAGGUGGUCCGUUCGCUCGGCCCCGCGCGUCAGGCUCGUGCGCCCGCCCGCCAGGCUACUCGCAGCCGCCGCCUCAGCUCCAACACGCAGCGACCGCAGGUCAGCGAUGCGCCUGCCGCCGAGGACCGCACUCCCUUCCUGCACGUCAAGAGAAAGGUGGCGGGUCAGUGGCAGCUCAGCCGCAAGCUCACCUCGGUCUACCUCGACAUUCUCGGCGAGAUGGCCACCCAGGGUGUCAGCUUCAAGGGUCGCAACGCGCUGCUCACCGGUGUCGGCAAGGCUUCCAUCGGUGUCGAGGUGGUCAAGGGUCUCCUUGCCGGUGGUGCUCGCGUCGUGAUCACGACGUCGAGCUACAGCCGUAGCGUCGUCGAGUACUACCAGCGCAUCUACCAGGAGGUCGGUUCGCGUGGCUCGACGCUCACGGUGGUGCCCUUCAACCAGGCCUCGAAGCAGGAUGUCGACAACCUGGUCAAGUACAUCUACGGCUCGCUCGACCUCGACCUUGACUUUGUCGUGCCCUUCGCCGCCAUCUCGGAGAACGGCCGAGAGAUCGAUGGCAUCGACGACAAGUCCGAGCUCGCCCACCGACUCAUGCUCACCAACCUCGUUCGCCUGCUCGGUGCCAUCAAGACCGAGAAGGCCAGCCGCAACUUCGACACGAGGCCGACGCAGGUGCUCCUGCCCCUCUCGCCCAACCACGGCACCUUCGGUGGUGACGGUCUCUACGGUGAGAGCAAGCUCGGUCUCGAGACGCUGCUCAACCGAUGGGAGAGCGAGAGCUGGGGUCAGUACCUCUGCAUCACCGGUGCCAUCAUCGGCUGGUGCCGUGGCACGGGCCUCAUGUCGUCCUCCAACACGGUCGCCGAGGAGAUCGAGAAGCUCGGCUGCCGCACCUUCAGCACCACCGAGAUGGCAUUCAACCUGCUCGGUCUUUUGGCUCCUACCGUGUCCGCCGUCAGCCAGGUCGAGGCGCUCCUCGUCGACCUCAACGGUGGCAUGGACAAGAUCGUCGAUCUCGCCGAGCAGACCGGCAAGUUCCGCGCCGCCAUCCAGGAGGCCUCGUCCACCAAGCGCGCGCUCGUUGCUGACAAUUCGGCCGACUUCAAGGUCAUCAAGGGCUCCGCCGCCGAGGCGCUGCACAAGAAGGUGCACAUCAACCCGCGCAGCAACUUCACCUUCCGCUUCCCCGAGGUCGGCACCCUCGACUUCAACCGCGAGAUCGCCAAGAGCUACUCGGAGAUGGACCUCGAGAAGGUCGUCGUCAUCACCGGUUUCGCCGAGGUCGGACCGUGGGGUUCUUCGCGCACUCGUUGGGAGAUGGAGGCCUUUGGCCACCUCACCAACGAGGGUGUGAUCGAGCUGGCCUGGAUCAUGGGCCUGAUCAAGCACCACGACGGUCAGCUCAAGUCGGGUGCCACCUACGUCGGCUGGGUCGACACCAAGAGUGGCGAGCCCGUCGACGACAAGGACAUCCGUGCCAACUACGAGGAGCACAUUGUCAAGCACGCCGGCAUCCGCCUCAUCGAGCCCGAGCUCUUCCGCAACUACGACCCCAACCGCAAGGGCUUCCAGCAGGAGAUCGAGCUCAACCACGACCUCGAGCCGCUCGAGGUCUCGGCCGAGGAGGCUGCCAAGUACAAGCUCGAGCACGGCGACAAGGUCGACGCCUGGCAAGACGCCUCGACGGGCGGCUGGUUCGUGGUGCUCAAGAAGGGCGCGCGCAUCUUUGUGCCCAAGGCCGUCGCCUUUGACCGUCUCGUUGCCGGUCAGAUCCCGACGGGCUGGACUGGCCAGCGCUACGGCAUUCCGGACGACAUUGUCGCGCAGGUCGACCGCACCACGCUCUGGGCGCUCGUCUGCGCCUCGGAGGCGCUCGUCAACUCGGGUAUCUCGGACCCGUACGAGCUGUACAAGCACAUCCACCCGAGCAAGGUGGGCAGCUGUAUCGGUUCGGGCAUGGGCGGUAUGACGUCGCUCAGCAAGAUGUUCCGCGACCGCCGCAACGACAACGACGUGCAGAAGGACAUCUUGCAGGAGACUUUCAUCAACUCGGUCGCCGGCUGGGUCAACCUGCUCGUCAUGUCGUCGGCUGGUCCCAUCAAGACGGUGGUCGGCGCGUGCGCCACGGCGCUGCAGUCGAUCGACGUGGCCGUCGAGACGAUCCUGUCGGGCAAGGCCGAGCUCAUGCUUGCCGGUGGUUUCGACGAUCUCUCGGAGGAGGGCUCGUUCGAGUUCGCCAACAUGRAGGCCACUUCGAACGGCAAGGAGGAGCUGGCUGCUGGUCGUGAGCCGUCGGAGCACUCGCGUCCCUUCUCGACCUCGCGAAGCGGCUUCAUGGAGUCGCAGGGUUGCGGUGUCCAGGUGCUCACCACGGCUGCCAACGCCAUCAAGCUCGGCAUGCCCAUCCAGGGUAUCGUGGCCUACUCCAACACGCACACCGACGGUGCCGGCCGAUCGCUGCCGGCUCCUGGCCACGGUGUGAUCAGCAGUGCCGACGGCAUGCAGCGCGCGCUCGCCCGCUUCAACCUGACGGCCGACGACAUCGGUGUCAUCUCGGCGCACAUGACGGCGACCAAGGCCAACGACAAGAACGAGUCGCACGUCUACCAGGAGCUGUUCACGCGCAUGGGGCGCACGCCUGGCCACGCUGUGCCCGUGAUGGCGCAGAAGUGGCUGUGCGGUCACGCCAAGGGUGGUGCGGCUGCGUGGGCGCUCAACGGAGUGAUGCAGUCGCUGCACACUUCGAUCGUCUGCGGCAACCGCAACGCCGACGACAUCUCGCCCGAGCUGCAGAAGUUCGACAUGCUGCUGUACAACUCGACGUCGAUCCACCGCACGCCGCACCACGUCAACGCGGCUGCCGUGUCUUCGUUCGGUUUCGGUCAGGUGGGCGGUAUCAUCCUCGUGCUGCACGCGGCUCACAUCCUGGGUCGUCUCUCGCCCAAGGUGUUCGAGGGCUACGUCGAGCGCCGCAAGGCUCGCCAGCACCACACGUACACGCGCAUGCACUCUGCGCUCACCAAGGAGGACCUGGUGCGCAUCAAGGACAACCGCCCUUGGCCCGCCGAGAUGGAGGACCAGGUGCUGAUGAACCUCAACGCACGCGCGGUCGAGAUGGGCGACAGCUACGGCUUCAAGGCGCCGCUGCCGCCCAUGCCGGCGCUCGCCACGACCGAGGACGUGAUCGUGCCUGCCAAGUCGGCCGAGGUGGCCGCGCAGCAGGAGUCGCUGCAGAAGAUGAUGGGCCACGUUGCUGGCGUCGGCAUCGACUGCGAGAAGAUCUCGACUUUCCCUUCGGACAACGACAGCUUUGUCUCGCGCAACUUUACCGAUGUCGAGAUCGAGUACUGCCGAGCGCAGCCUGACGCCAAGGCGUCGUUCUGCGGCCGCUUCUGCGCUGCCGAGGCGGUGUUCAAGUCGCUGGGCGUGCGCAGCCAGGGCUCGGGCGCGUCGCUCAAGGAUGUCGAGAUUGUGCCCACUCCCGAGGGCCCCCAAGUGAAGCUGUACGGCGAGGCGCUCAAGGCUGCCAACGGCUCUCGCUUCUUGGUCUCGAUCUCGCACGGCGACGACACGGCCAUGGCGAUCGUCCACCGCCUGCCCAGCGCGUAA